AUGAUUUUGGCUCACAACCCUCAAGUUCAGCUUCACUUGGCCUUAUCUCUUCCCCACGCCACGCCUUAUCUCUUCCCCAGGCAUCCAACCUUAUCUCUUCCCGUGCGCCUCCUUCCCAUCGCCAGGCGCCAGCCUGCUCCCCACGCCCCUCCCCACCGGCCUCCUCCCCUACCUCGUCCCCACCGCCGAACGCCGGCCUCCUCCCCACCAUCGGACACCGGCCUCCUUCCCACGGUACUCCUCCUAGCUGUCAGCCUGGUCCUUGCCGCCGUGACGAGCGUGACCUACUGCCUGCCACCACCGAUUCCGGAGCCGCUGACACCAAAGCCAUUCGGCGGCCACGACCCAUGCUGCUCACUGUUGGACGGUCUUGUUGACCUGGAGGCUGCCAUCUGCCUCUGCACUGCCAUCAAGGCCAACAACCUCGGCAUCAACCUCAACUGCGCAUAG